CAGCAGAGCGCUCUGGGCGAAAGCUGAGCGACCAAACGCGCGACCCCCGUGGCCCCGUGCGGGGUUUUUUGUUGACCUGUCCACUUGAUCGUCCACCUAGGCCACCAGUAUACCAGGCCAUCCUCGUAGGUUCCGCUUCCUUGGUUGCCGGCGGCGCGGGGACAGUGAAGAUUUGCACUAUAGCAAACAAGGCUUUUGGCGCCGCAGCCCCGCGGCUUUCAGUCAUUUUGCUGCCACCGGCAGCCAAAGUAUUGCAGGACUACUCCAUACGUACAUACAUACAUACAAUAUAGCAAGACUCUGCAUCACACAGUAUGUGGGGAAGUCGAAUGGCAGAAUCGCUCACUGCCGAACGGCCCCGCAGCCAUCCAGCGAGAAUGCAGCUGUGCAGUUGUUGUUGUCUGCGGCCGACCCAGGCGGAACUCCGCUGAGCGCACAAGAUGUUUACAGGGGGCUUCCCGGCGGCUGACUUGGGCCCCAGUGCCGGGCCGCCGCUGACCCCGUUCCAUACUGCGACGGCGCUGUCGAGUCCCCACCAACACCAGCACCAGCAGCACUACCAACAGCAGGCGCAGGCGCAGCACCAACACCAGCAGCUGCUUCAGGCGCACCUCUUGCCGGGCCACGGGCCUGCAGCGACAGCAGUAGCACCAGCUGCUCCCGCCGUCGCCGUCGGCGUCGGCGUCAGCGGCUUUUCCACCUCACGCGCCGGAUCGGGCGCGGUGAGCGCGCACGGCUACCACUACGUCCACCCCAGCUCCCUACACCCCGCCACGGCCACGGGCAUGGGAGCCGCAGGCGGCGGCGGCACAGGCCACGGCAUGGGUGUGGGCACGGGCGGCGGCGCCGGCACGCACACCGCAGGCUUCAGCCGGGCGUCAUCAUUCCUGGACUGCCUGCCCUCGGGGCCCACCACUGCUGACGUGGACGAUGAGAUCAUGCAGUGCCUGGAGACGGAUCUCUUCGAGGGCGAGGCGGCCGCCGCCACGGGCGGCGCCGUGCGACUGGCGGGCCGCGGCGGCGGCGGCGGCGGCGGCGGCGGCCGCAGCUCCCGAUCACUCCACAGCGGCGGUACUCGCGUGAGCGGCAGCUGCGGCGGCUUGGGCCUGGGUGCCGCCGGUGGUGGUGGUGGUGGUGGUGGUGGCGGUGGCGGCGGCGGCACAGUGUCCAUGGUGCUACCGAGCGCCGCGGGGCCGCACGGCGCGGGCGGGGGCGCGCUGUUCCUGUCUAGCGGCCCGCACCUAUCAGGGCCCGGGCCGGCAUAUGGCGGCAGCCACCAUCAGCAGCACCAGCAUCCCCAUCAGCACCAGCACCCGGCCUACGCGGCGGCGGCGAUGGUGGGUCUGGUGCCCGGGUUCAGUCGGCUGCCCGACCUGCCGGAGCAGGACGCGGACUCAGACACAGACACGGGCGGCGGUGUGCAGCGGCAGCGGCAGCUGCAGCCGCUACAGCCGCUACAGCCGCUACAGCCGCCGCAGUCUGCCCACAUUGUGUCAGUGGAGCGAUUAGUGGACAGGGUGACAGCGGUGAAUGUCAGUGGCCUGGGCGCCAGGCCGGCGGCUGCUGCCGCCGCCGCCGCCACUGGACCAGCAGCGGCGGCGGCGGCGGCGGCGCCUUGGAUGCGGCGUGUUGACAGCGAGGCGCCCAUGGAUGUGCCAUCGGCACUGCCGCAGCCUGGGGACGGCGCGGUGCCCUUUCCAGUCGUGCACGUGCACGCCGGCGGGCAAAGCCUGUUCACUGGCAACGCUGCUGGUGCCGCCGCCGCGGCGGCAGCGGCAAGCAGCAGCCGUAUGCCGCCGGGUGUGAGCAGCAGCGCCGCCGCCGCCAUCCAGAGCUACGAGACGAGCCUGGCAGGCGCAUACCACCACACCCACAUGCAAGCGCAGCUGGGCUCCGGGGACCGCCGCCGCCACCUGCCGGACGCCGAACCCGCCUACACCAUGUGCCUGUCGGGCUCCGGCCGCUGCGGAUCCGUGACCGUGACACACUGCCCCGACUGCAACUCCGGCGGGCCCUUCGCUGAAAACGCCGACAUCGCCUCGACCUCGGCGGCGCCGCCGCCGGCGCCGCCGCCACUGCACCCGGCGCUCGGCGCCUCGCUCGCCGGUGGCGGCGGCAUAGCCGUCGCCGAUGCUCUGGCCGGUUUGAACUCCGGCGGCAGCGGGUACCACAUUGUGGCUGGCGAGAUGGCGCCGCGUGCGCUGGGGUGGAGCGUGUCGUGCGACCACGCGACGCCACUGGCCAUGCAAAGAGCCGGCGCCGUUGCCGUACACAUGGGCGCGGUGCCGUACGUUGGGUCCUUCGGCCCAACCAGCGCCGCCAGCAUUGCGGCGGCGGCGGGUACGCCGCCGUGGGCGGGCGGGGGCGGCGGCGCCGGCACCUCGCUCGGACUACCCGGGUUCGCCAGCGGCCCGAUUUCUGGAAGCAUUGCGGCAGCAGCGUUCCGCUCUGUCGGCGCCUUUGCGCCGCCGCGCUCGCUGGCGGCGCCGUCAGCCGGCGGCGGCGGCGGCGGUGGCAGCUUCGCCACCGUGGACCCACGGCUGCAGCUGCCAAACACACACGCCGGCUGGGUCGGUGGCGGCGGCGGCAGCGCUUCGGCCAUGGCGCUGCCACCUCAGCUGUACGACAAUCUUCCAGAUGAUGGCGUCGCCGGCAGCACCCUGGUGAGCGGCUGCCUCACGCACCAGCUUGGCCGAAACAGCACCAGCACUAACGGCACCAGCGGAACGCCGCGUCUGGCCGAAGCGGCCUUGACCUCCGCGUCGGCAUUCGCGGCAGCCGCUGCGGGCGGCGCGGCGGCUGGAUACGGCGACACGGCAGCGGCCGUUGCGUUCGGUCUGCCCCAGGACGGCGAAAAGGUUGCGGCGGCGGUGCGGGCGCUGCUGCGCUUCGACCUACCCUUCCACCCCUCCCAGCCACCUGUUGACCACGACACCACUAGCACCGCCGCCGCCGCCGCCGCCGCCGGCCGCAGCCCCGGCAGCCGCACCGCCGACGCCGACGCGGACGGCGCCGCCGCCGAUGCCGCCUACGCGCCGGAGCUGCCGCCGCCGGGGCCGCUCCCCGAGAUGCCGCUGCCGGCGUCGCUGCGCGCGGCGCUGGAGCCGUCGGGCGUCGUUGCCGUGGACGGCUACCUGCAGCAGCUGCUGCUGGACCCCGCGCCCGACCGCCACGUGUUCCUGUGCAAGCGGCUGCUGGGGCCGGCGGCGUGCCGGGCCAUCGCCUCCUUCCUGGCGCUGUGCCCCGGCGCCGUCAAGUCCAUCACGUUGUCCCACUGCGGCAUCACCUGCGACGGCCUGGCCGCGCUGUGCGAGGGUCUGCGCAGCUGCCGGCAGCUGCUCGUCCUGGACCUGUCGUACAACGCCCUGGCAGACAUGGGCGCCGCCGCGCUGUCCGCCUGCCUGUCCGACAUGCCGGCACUCGCCAGUCUGACGCUGGCGGGCAACGCGGAGCUGGGUGACGCCGGCGUGGCGGCGCUGGCGGCGGCGGCGCGCGGGUGCCUGGCCCUGCGGCGCGUGGGUCUGCGUGGCACUGCCGCGACCGCACUAGGCAUGAAGGACCUGGCGUCUGCACUCGCGUCCAACCUGCGGCGUGCCGUGAUGCGGCGUGGCGUGCCGUCGCCGCCGCGCGGGCCGCUGACCGCACACGAACGGCCCGUCACCUGGGACGGCACCGGCGGCAGUGCUGGCGGCGUCGCUGGCGGCGGCAGCGCCGCUGAUGUCGUCUUCAUCGGCCAGCUGUGCUCGCUGCUGCGGACACUGGUCCAGCCGGCGCUACCGGCGGAGCAGGCGGUGGCGGAGGCGGUGGCGGAGCUGCUGGCGGAGGCGCCAAUGCAGCUGGCGGCGCGCCAGCCUCUUGACGGCGUGGCGGCGGCGGCGGCGCGGCACAUGUCGUCAGCGGUCAACUCGGGCGGUAGCGGUGGCGCCAGCAUCUCCGGCCAACGAGUGCUCCAGGGCCUGCAUGCAAGCGAGCAAAUGGGGCCGCGGCAGUCAGUGGCCAAGUCAUCGGCCGACGCCGAGGGCCAGCCGGCGGCGCCAGCAGCAGCAGGCGCCGCCACCACCGCCGUCAGAGCCGCAGCCCCUGAGGGGCGCUUCAGCAACAGCAACGAGAGCGCCGCGGCCACCGCGGCUGGCAGCGGCACCGGCAACCAUAGCGCCAGCAGCAGCGCCGGCAGCGGCAGCAUCACCACCAUCGGCGCCGCCAGUAUCUCCACCGCCGCCGGCGCCGCGGCCGGAGACUCGGACCUGCUAGCACACCUCGCCGAGGGCUUGACGGCGCGGGGCUACGACGUUGCAGUCACACACGCGCUCGGCGGCGGCAGUGGCGGCGAGUGCCUCCGCAACCUGCGCCACACCUUCCUCUCCGUCACGGUUCCGCUGCCUCCGGGCCUCAUGCCCAGCGGUCCGCCAUCGCCCGCCGCCGCCGCCGUCGCCGCCGCCUCCCUGGCACGCAGCGCCACCGCCGCAUCAACCGGCAGCAACGCCGCCGCCGCCGCCUCUCUCGCCGGCACCCUCAACCGCCGCCGCCACAGCCUCGCGUACGGCACCGUCGGCGCGGCGGCGCCGCCAGCAGGCGCCGCCGCCAGCGGCUUUCCGGGCCUGCCGUACCACCCGGGCGUCAUCAUCGUGGAUCCGGAACUGCGGGAGCAGUUCGAGUUGGCGAUGCCCACGCCACGCUACGAUGCGCUAGUGGCGGCGCUGCCGCGUGUGUACGUGGGGGCCGAGGAACGGCUGCCCCUGGUGGUGGAGGUGCUGUGUGAUGAGCUGGCUCUGGCGCUCCGCUCCAAGGGCCUGAUCAUCCCACCUUGGCGUGAGAGCUCCGCCAUGAUCUCCAAAUGGCAGCCCAAGCUGUCCAAGCUGCUUGUCCCCGGCACACCCGGCUACGCACAGCAGAUGCAGCAGCACCAGCAGGGGUCGCGCCGGCAGAGCCGCGACGGCGGCGGGGCCAACGGUGGCGGCUCUGGCCGCAGCAGCGCCUGCGCCACUCCGCGUGUGUCGCUCGCCGGUGGCAUUGCAUUCGGCUUUGGUGGUGCCGCUGCUGCUGCGGCUGGCGGCGGCGCCGCCGCCGCAAUGCCGGUCCCGGUCUUGUGGAGGACGAUAGACCCCCGCAGCGCCGCCAGCAGCCAUCGAAUGAGUCGUAGUACGACGGCGGCGGGUGCCGGCGGUGGCGCGCCCGGCGACGCAUCGGCGAGUGGCGGUUAUGACGAGCCGUCAUUGGGCCCAGCAGGCCAUGCGCUGGGGUCGAUCGGGUCUGAGGGCUCGGCCGCCCUGCGUCAGGGUGCUGCGGGCAGUUGUGUUGGCAACGGCAACGGCGCCGCUGACAGCCUGAGCGGCUCGUUACGUCGAGUAGACAGCAGCGGCUGUGGCGGCUAUGGAAGCGGCGCCGGCGCCGGCAACGGUGGUGGCGGCGGCUCAUCCGCCGUCAGCUCCGCCGUGCACUCCUUUGGCUUCCGGCGCUGCACAAGCAGCAACAGCCUGUUGUCAAGCUCUGUGGGCCUCACGCCCGCAUCUGCCACGGGUGGUGGCGUGGGCGCCGGUGGCGGCGGCGGCAUUCGUGCUGCGGUCAACAGCAGGCUGGUCACGGGCGCCGCGGCGGCGCUCCUUGGGCCUCAAGCACUGGCGACAGGAGGCGGUGGCGGCGGUGGUACGGGCAGUGGCCGGGCGCUGUGGCUGGGUGGUGGCGGUGGCGGCGGCUUGAGCCCAGUGCCUCACAGCCCUACUUCGCCCUCCCGCUGUGCGUGAUGGACCUGCUGCUACCUCAGGUGUCGAUGGCAGAGCAAGCCACAGUAGGCAGCGACCCGUCGCUACGGGUGGCACAAUAAUAUUCAUACUAUUUGCGCGUCAGGGCUAGGCGGCUGCGGCCGCUUUAAGACAUACGCGACACACUUGCUGGCUAACGAACACUUGGCCUCAGGGCUGCGCAUGUUGCUUCAUCGCUCAGAGGAAAUGGCGA